AUGCAAAGGUUUAUUAGUAGAUUUGUCACUACACCACGAAUACCCAAAAAGUUUCAAGAGAUUUUCCCAAAGAAACGUACCAUUAAUAAAAUUUUAUUCCAGUUAGAUACAAGGCUUACAUAUCGUGAAAUGUUUCCAAUAUUUCUGCAGGUAUCACAAACAACUAAUGAAGAGAAUGUCCCAUGGAAGAAAAAAUAUCCUUAUAUAAAGAGUUCAGACAUUAUGCAGAUGCGAAACGUCUUGAUAACUUUAAGGAGGCAAAACAAAUUUGUCCACAAAGAUUUAUUGGCUAUGGAGGACAAGUUAUUGAAUAUUGCUGCCGAGCUUUGUAACAACGAUGCUAUAUCCAUCCUAAGCUUCAAUGUGGUACAUGGUCAUAAAAGGGGAAGCGUUGAAUACAAUUAUCAAAAUGACGUCGAAACGGCAAAUAGAUUCAUAAAGAAUUUAUAUGCGCGUAAUCACCACUUAACAGUUAAAUUGAUAGGAGAUAUGUUUUUCGAAAAUAAGGCUUAUGAUAAGGCUCAGAAGUAUUACAAAGAAUUUCUGAAUCUGGAAAAUAGUACCAAAUUGACUGGCGAAGUUUACGGAAAACUUGGGGAAAUUCAAAUAAAGCAUGUCAAUGGUUUUUUGAAGGCAGAAAAGUCAUGGUUGAAAUGUAUAGAAUUGUUGGAAAUUGAGAGAAGCUCACGUUGGUACUUUCUUUUGGCGAAGUUAUAUCUGAGUUCAGAGCCUAUGAAAGCAAGAGCUUUGCUAGAGAAUUGUGCAUCAAUUGGAUUUAAAGAAUCUUUCAAAACAUUAGGAUUCCUUGAAUUAAACUACUUUCACAAUCACGAAAGGGCGAAAGAAUGGUUCAAAAUAGGUAUGGAAAUAAUGGAUUUAGAAUGUUUCUUCGGGUUUCUUGACUGCUGUUUGAAAGUAAAGGAUAUUAGAGGUGCAAGAGAUUGCCUAGAAAGUGUAAAAAAACUAGGGAAUAACGAUAAUAAAAAACCAAUGAUUGAUGCCUUUCUUGAAAGCAGGAGAGAUUCCAUAAAGCUGCUGGAUAAAGCAUGA